GAUACAAUAAAUAAAUACGGAUAACAAGUUUUGCGAAGAAUAUAUUAUUGAAGGUCAAAGCCUUCAAGCGGUGUGUGUAUACUCGCAGUGGUACAGUCCGAGUGGCAAGUUCAUCUGAAUGAGCAUGUAGUGAGAAAUUGGGAAAUUCCCUCAUCAAAAUCAGUAUAUUAAAAUAGCAGACGAGCAGUGAGGUUAUCAUUCUACAAAAGUUUGGUGCUACAGAACGUUGUUUUCAAAGUAAAAUGUUAUUCUCGACUGUGAUAUUCGUAGUUAUGCUAGGUUUUAGUACUUGUGCCCUGCAAGACAGUUCUUAUUACGUCCCCAAACCCACCUUUACCGUCUUCAAUAGAGGCUUCGAGGUUAGUAUACCUGACGAAGAGGGUAUACAACUUUUUGCCUUCCAUGGCAAUCUCAACCAACCCAUGGAAGGUCUGGCAGCUGGGCAGUUCUCAAGGGAUAUACUGAAGAAGAAUAAAAUGGGCAAAUGGGUCUACAAAAAUAGAAGAACCUAUUUGAGUGAAGGAGACACCAUUUACUACUGGUUGUUUGUUAUUCGCAACAAUUUGGGAUACCGAUAUGAUGACGCGGUUUAUACAGUCAAAAACAUUAGCCCAAGACCAGACAGCUACUAUUCCUCAUCAGAAACUUCACACGACUCUUCAGACCCAACUUCAGAAAAACAUAAUGUGAGCUGCAGCACAUCACAAGAACCCAAAGAAAAACAACCUAUUUAUGAUGUUAUAUUGUCAAACCUAACUCUGCAGCUAAUACAAAUGCAAGAAGAUCUGAAAACCCUACAAGAAAACAACAAACUCUACGAAGAUAUCAUUGAAAAAUCUCCAAACGGAAGACAGUUGGUACUUUCUGGGGAUCUUCCUUUCAAAAAGGAAGAUGCACUUUUUGUCACUGUCAGCAUUUUGAAGAACACGCUCAACAUAAGGGUGGCCAUCAAGAACGCUGAGUACAAUGAAGACAGAAGCAAAAUAACUUUUGAGGUUGAAGAUCUUGAGGACAAAAUUAAGAUAAUCAAGAAGAAGGACAAGAUCAACAGUGGUCGAAUUUUGUUGACUUAUUGAUACUAGUUGUUUUGUGUGUUUUUAUAAAGUAUUUAUUAUAUAAAUAAUAUUUAUUCUGUAUUUUUAAGGAUUUUAAAUUUUAAUCAUGUGUGAAUUUCUUUUUAUAAAAGAUUUUUAUUGUGAUGUAAAAUUUGAGAUUAUAGUAUUUUAAAGUUUUUC